GUAUCUCCGUCGCUGGAUGACUUCGGGAGACUUGUUACGACCAGCCAAACAGAUGAGUCGGUUACAGUUGUCGACUUCAGAAACGUGGUGACGCCGGUGGUUAACGGUAGCGUGGUUUGGGAUUAUCGUCUCGAGAGUAUCGUAGGGUUGAAGGCAGAAUAUGCACAUGCGUUCUUUUCGGUGGUUUGCCCCGAUAUUCCG